AUGGGUUACGCAGCUAGGAUUUCACUGAAGCAAACAAUAGAGCGCCUCUCAGAUUCUCCACACACAUCUCUCGAAACCCUAAAAUUCGCAUACGACGAGCUCACUUCCUUGCGAGAUUUACUCGAGAAACGCGAGUUUGAAAGCAGCAGCAGCGGCUGGUUGAAAACUCUGGUCAAAAAAAUCACGGACGCAGAAUUUGAACUGAAAUACUUGCGGGCAGGGCGGCGCAACGCCGCGGCGGCGGCGGCGGCUGAAGAAAUCCCUUCCUACGAAUUGAGGCUAGUGAUCAUUCACCUUAUCGAAAAGGUGAAGCGUGGUUACGCCGAUGAGGAAUCCAAACACCACCACCACGCUGCCGCCGCCGCCGCAUCAAAAAAGUCAACGGUUGUCGGGUUGUCCGGUCAAAUCAGCAGAAUCGUAGAUAUGCUUACAGAUCGGAAGUUGUCUGAAUCAACCCUCUUCGUCUCGCUCCUAGGAAUGGCCGGCAUCGGUAAGACUACACUCGCCAACGAAAUCUACCAACAUCCGGUAAUUUCGAAUCGGUUUCACCGUCGUGUGUGGGUCAAUUUAGGCCCAAACUAUCGAUCCGAAGAUAUUUUGCGAGAAAUUCUAGCUCAAAUUGAUCCUGAAAUUAAGGAAAGAGAUGAUGGGAUAUCAAUAAACGAGCAUUUCUCCAAUUUUCUUCUCUUCAACAGAUGUUUGAUUGUGUUGGACGCCUUGGCCACGAUCAAGAACGCAAGUGCGGUUUUGGUGACAACUACUCUGGAACAAGUGGCUGUUUUCCCUACGAGUUAUAAAGUUUAUCAAAUGCGCCUCCUCGAUGAUGAAGAGAGUUGGCUUCUUCUUCGCAACAAGGUGUUCGAUGAAAUGCCUUGCCCACCCGAACUCGUGAAGCCCGGAAAAAAGAUUGCCGAGAUCUGUGAGGGCCUUCCUCUUACAAUAGUCACAGUAGCUGACCUCCUAUCGAAACUCGAGAGGAGCCCGGAUUGCUGGAAGAAGGUGGCGGCCAAGGAAAAUUCCGUCUUUAUCGAUGCGUACGAUAAAAUGUCCGUCGUACUGUUUCCGAGCUACGAAUGUUUGUCUGAACAUUUGAAACAAGUCUUUCUCUACAUGGGAGUUUUCCCUCAAAGAUGUGAGAUCAAAUACUCCAACCUCAUCAAUAUGUGGAUUGCUGAGGGAUUUCUCGAAAACUAUCAAUUAGCUGCGCAGUGUUUGAGUGACCUUAUUUCGAGAAGUCUUGUUAUGGUGCGACAACAAAGCACCGGCAACGGAAUUAAAACUUGCAGCCUCCAUUCUGCCUUUUGGCCUCUCUGUGUCAAAGAAGCUAGAAGUAACAAGUUUUUCCACGUCUUGACCAAAUAUGCUGAUGGUUUAACAGAAGAUAUAAAAAGCCAGCCUCGAUUAUGCAUCCACAACAACAUUUUGUUUGGCAUCGAAGAUUUGAAUAACAUUAUGGCAUCCAUUUUGAAUGUGUCUUCUGUCCUAUGUACCGGUCCCUAUCAUCAGUAUCCAGUACCAGUAUGUUUAGACCAUUCGAGGUUGUUGAGGAUGCUUGACGCUCUUACAAUCCGUUUCUACCUAUUUCCGAUCGAAGUAAUAAAAUUAAUCGAGCUUAGAUACCUUGCCCUCACUUAUAAUGGGAAUCUCCCUUCUUCCAUAUCCCAACUCUCGAGUCUUGAGUGUUUGAUUGUCGGCCGACACCUGGUAAUCAGGCCCGCCGGAAGACCACCGUGCCUGCCUCUGGAGAUAUGGGAUAUGAAGAAACUGAAGCAUCUUAGGAUAAUGGGAACCGAGAUACCUGACCCUUGUGAAGGAAGUUUCUUACCAAACCUCUCAACACUUUCAGACAUGAACACUCGCAGUUGUACCAGGAGCGUACUUGAAAGCAUCCCUAACCUAAAGAAACUAGGUAUCCGAAUCGAAAUAUCGCCCGAUGUAACAACUUAUCAAGAACCCUUGAGCUGCUUCGAUCAUAUUUCACAUCUCGAGAAACUAGAAUCGCUUAAAUGUGUUAUUGUAAAUCCUAUACUCAAGAACCCUCCCCCUCUUUCGAUUUUUCCAUCGGGUCUUAAGAAGUUAAGCCUGAGUGGAUUAGGGUAUCCUUGGGAAGAAAUGAGCAAGAUUGAUUUAUUGCCUAAUCUUGAAGUUCUCAAAUUGCGAUGUUGUGCCUUUCGAGGUCCAAGGUGGGAAGUGGAGACCAAGAGAUUCUUGCGGCUCGAGUUUAUUCUGAUUGAAGAUAGUGACUUGGUGCAUUGGACAGCCGGAAGGGGAAGCUUCCCGUUUCUUGAUUGCCUGAGCAUUAAACACUGCUACAAACUGCAAGAGAUACCCCGGAGACUUGGUUUCGAGCUCGGAAAGAUUCAAGUGGUUGACUGCAGUCCUUCGAUUGUGAAUUGGGCGAAGAAUUUGACAAAGAUUGAUGUUCUUGUCCACUCUUCGUGGGACGAUAGAGACCUCAAGAAAUGACUAAUUGACUAUCAGCGUGAUUCAAAGGGUCCGCUUGUAAUUUUAUUUCUUGUGUUUGUCAAAGACCGUCUUGAUGUAUUUGCAGGUCUGACCCCACAAGUUAUUGGGGAUACCAAACAUCAAACAAAGUCCAAUUAUAUAGUUAAUAAUGGUUAAUCUCCCCAACCAAACGAAGGCCUAAGAUUACAACCACAUUUACGUGGAUAGAAUCUUUACGGAUCCAAAAUGGAUAGAUACCUCGUGAAUCCGUUGCCUUUCCUUUCACUCAAUUCAAAUGGACCCAUAUGUUGAUUCAUUAAGGAUCCAAUAUGAAUCUACGACAGAUUCGCACUUGAACUCUACGAGUAAUAGUUCGUUUUAUAUAUUUCUACGACAAAUUGGAAAAUGUGACAGCCUUGCACAAUAUAUAGUUGCCAAACAAAUGGCUUAAUAGGACUGAAAUAGAAGCAUCCCAAUAGAUAUAACAGCAACAUGUGAACUAACUUUUUUAGUCAGCCAUUUGGCUUUGCUCAACAAUCUCCCUCACUCUGCGAUUGUAUUCUCGUUUAUUGUCACUGAACAACCGAGCCGCUUCGGAGUUUGCAGGAGAACCGGGAUUCGGGUCACACAAUAGUGACUGCAAAUUUAACCCAACAAAAAAA